GGGACUUUCUGUCAGACUCAUUGUGGGUAAAUAAAACCUUCCUGCCCUGAACUCCGAAUGAUCUGUCAUAUAAAUAAAUCUCCUGAUUGCUUAAGACAGCUUAUAAACAGACGUUCAUUUCCACAGCUUCCAGUCCACAAUGAGGGGCUUCAGACCAAGUGUACACAGCAGCAGAUUGAGUUAAAGUCUCCACGUGAGAGACGUGGAUCGUCCCCAGACUCUGACAUCGUGAUCGUCCUUGUCGGAUUAAGCGAAUCAAUCGGACUGAGUGGGAAAGAGGGAGACCAAGAGGACGAGAAGAAAGAGAACUCUGUUGGGGGGAGAGGGGGUGGGGGUUGUGAUGGGAGGCAGCUCCACCCAUAAUUAAGUUACCCCGGCUGCGCUGAGGGUCCGUGUUUAUGGCACAGAGGAGGGAGUUUCCUUCACUCUGUGGACAAUCAGAGCAGAGGAGCGAGUUCUGGAACUCUCCUCCGGCUCUGACUCUUCCUGCGGCUCAUCGCCCCUCACUCCGCCGCGACUGACUGACCCGCAGGACACCAACAGCCUGACGGAGAGGUGGAGGGGAGAAGAAGAAGCAGUUUGUAGUGGCACCUGCCCAAGCCUCCAUCCCCGGUUUCUCUGCUGCAUCGGCUGACACCAUGUGCGACUGUUUCCACCUGGCGUUCCCCAACUGGCACGCUGCCCCCUCUGGGACGGCAGGGAGAAGACUGCGAGCACCAGAACCCGCCACACAGGACGAUUCACUGACUUUGUUCACACAGAUAUGCGAAGAGCCGACUCAGUUUGCCGAGGGGGAGAGACCCCGGCCACAAGGGUCAUCCCCGGUCCAGGAGUAUCCAGAGGGGGCAAAAUACGCUGACAAAGAGUGUGAAGAACAUGAUGCAGACCACAAAGCUGGGAGUGGACACAAAGGUAAAAAGUCUGGCCUCGGCUCCAUCUUCGAGAGGACCUCCACUCCAAAAAUGAGUAAAUUAAAGGAAGCUCCCAGUCCUGAAGGUGGCGUUAUAGUGAACACAGCCCAGGAUGGGUGUGCAGAGGGUCUGGUUUAUGGCGGAGGAGGGAAAGAGGGGAUCUUCAUAAAGAAAGUAGUUCCAGAGUCACCAGCUUCAAAAAGUUUAAAAGUCAAAGAAGGUGAUCAGAUUCUGAGCGCCACAGUGUAUUUUGACAACAUGUCGUAUGAGGACGCCAUUCAGAUUCUGGAGCAUGCUCAGGCUUACAAGUUGAAGCUUUGCCUAAAACGCCAACCGGACAUCACAGAGACGGAACCAACUAUCGAUUCAGACAUUAUUCCUGAGGAAGAAGUCGGCUCCACAGAGAUGAGGGAGCAAGGAAAAACCAGAAGACGUGGCGACGCUCGCAUCUCAUGGCCAAAGUUUCCCUCCUUUGGAAAAGGACGUAAAUCUCGUUUCACGAGGUCUCACAGUUCGUCAGAAGCAGAUGAGCAGAGAAAACUUGAGCUUAGUCCUACGACAAGUGACACAGAGUCACCUGUAAAAUCCCAGGAUGCCCUGAAAGGAAAGAAGAAGCAUAAAAUAAAGUUCUCUGGUCUAACGAGAAGAGGCCGCAUAAGUUCAUCUGAGGACCAGGACACGGAUGCUCCAACAUCUGGGCAGAUGAGUAGUGACGUUCAGCAAAAGCAGGAAUCAGACACACUUUCACCUGAGUUCCCUGAAUACCCCAUUGGAGAAACACCAGAGGUUAAUGAACAGGCAGGGGAAGCUGUGGAGUCUGGCCCGGUUCAACACAAGGUGGAACUCGUCAGUAUAGACGCUACUUUGAAAACCGCAGAUCAAACCGUAGCGCUGGGCGAUCAGGAAGGCCAGUCUGGAGCUCCAAAAUCCCCAGACGAGAAAAAAAAGAAGGAGAGGUCAGAAUUAAAAAUAAAGAUCCUGGGGAAGGACAAAUCGCACAAAAAAGACGCAAAAGCAAAAUCCUCUCCCAAAAGGCUUAAGACUCUAGGAGCAAGUGUUGAAACGGAAGAUCUUCCAGAAGCAGGAAAAUCUGCUGCUAUCUCAAGCUCUGAGUCAAAAACCAAACUGCUGGGAGAUCAGUCUAUGGUCGGUGUAGAUAGCAAAAGCCAAGGUGGAGAGAGUUCAAAGCUAAUCUCAUCCAAAUCCAUUACAUCACAGAUAAGUUUACCAAAGGUGGAACUUGACAUAUCAGUGAGGAAAUCUCCCAAAAAAGGUGACGACAAAACACAGAAAGGAAAGGAGACGAAACUGAAGCAAUCCAAAAAGUCCAGUCCAAAACGUAAGCAACCUGAAUUAGACAUGAGCAACGUUGCUAAUGCAGAAGAAAUGCAAAAGGUGAAUGAUCAAGAACCCUCAACUAUAACUGGCCGUGUUUCCACAACACAACUUCCCAAACGUGAAGACAUUGAGAUUCCAGGAAUGGAGGACAUGUCUGUGAAAACCACCGUGGAAACUAAAGCUGAUUUUAAAAAGCACAACAAAGAAAGCAAGGCUGAAACAGUGCAAAUGUCAAUUGAUGUUGAUAGUGUGAAAGAAGCUGUUUCUAAAUUACCUGGAUUUAAGCUGCCUCAACUGGAUAUAUCUGGGGUGCCUAUCCCAGAAGAAAUAACUGUCAUAGAUGCUAACGCACAAAGAAUAUCUGUAAAAACGCCCACCAAAGUCGUGAAACCAAAACAAGAACAUCUGACAAGCUCUGACACAACGGCAUCUUCAGAAAUCUCCAAAACAAUCUUUUUAACUGACAGCAGGUUUGAUUUUAAGAAAUCUCAAAUGGAAGAUAGGACCAGCCCAACAAAGUGCAAAGGUGAAGAGGAAACUAAAGAAAACGAAUUUGAAACAACAAACGGAAAAGCAGCAACAACAGAAGAGCUGAAGACGUCCACUAGGCCAAAGAUAACGAUGCCUAGCUUUGGAAUGUCAGCAAAAAGCAGAAGACUGCCUUAUAUUGGGAUUGACAUGCAGAAACCAAGCUUCAUUCAGGAAAACGAGCUAACAAUGGAAACAAGGAAAGAUGAAAAACAAACUGGAGAGGUCAUAUGUAAAGUCAAAAUACCUGAACUUGAUGGUAUUGAGUAUAUUGACUCAACGGACGAGUCGUUCAAAAAGGAUGGUGGCUUGACAAGUUUUAAUGUAAGUACUGACACGAAGACAAUACUUGCCAUUUCUUUAGAAAGUAAAGAAACAUUUGAUAAACCCGAAGAUGAAAGGAAUAAGAUGUUCAAAGUUGGAAUAUCUCCUUCGGGCACACCCAGUGGAAAAGAGGAUAUCUCUGACGAAGGGACAACAAAACCUCUUGACGGAGAUGGAAAGAGUACAUUUAAAUGGCCAAACCUGGACAUCUCAGUGCCAAAAAUGAAAGAAACAAUAGUUAUUAACACAUCUAAGAAAGACACAGUUCACACAGAAGCUCUGGCUAAAGGAGGGCUAAUCCCAGAGAGUGACACACUCCUCAAGAGCUCAGAUGUUCCUAAAGAAAUUGCAGAGGCAGAAAAACCUCAAGUGGAAAUAGAGCCAACUGAAACUGAAGGCAAGUUUGAUUGGGAAGCAAGCAAAUUUGCGAAGUUUGGAACUAAAACGGCAAAAAUCAAAGGCACAGAAUUUGACUUGAGUUUGUCAAAGAAAGAGAUACCUGGCGAAGCUGCAGAUAAACUCCCAGAAGCAUCUAAAACAGAAGUUACUCCUGGAAAGGGAAAUGUAUAUUUUCUAAAGCAAAAGAUGCAGUUAGAAAAACCUGGAGAAGUCAAACCUUUGCAGUCCAAGGGUGAACAUGUACAAGGAGGCAAAAUAAAAAUCCCAAAGUUUGGAGUCAAAACAACAAAACUAGCAGGUCCUGAGAUAAGCUUGUCUAAGAAAGAUGCAGAGGUUAUCCUGCCAGAGGUGAAACCUGAGAUCAAACUCACUGAAGGUUCAGAAACAGAUGUGAACAUAGAUAGUGUUAGGCCAGAAGAAAAGAAAGGAAUAGAAAAGUCUGAUCAGAAAAUCAAAACAGUGCAGAAGGAAGGUGAAGCGAAAGGAUACAAGAUCAAAAUGCCCCAGUUGGGAAUCGCACUGCCAAAAGUUACAACACAUGAGUCAGAUUUAAGCCUGUCGAAGAAAGCUAAAGAUCUGACACUGCCUGAAGUUAAAGGAGAAAUCAAAGAUCUUGAGGUUGAAGGAACUGGAUCAUCAACAAAACUAGAUGUUAGAGCUCCUGGAAUUAAAGUUGAAACAAAGGAUGUUGAAGGAUCGUCGUCAAAAUUCAAAAUGUCCCCUUUUAAAAUUCCCAGAAUUGGAGCUGCUACUCCAAACCUCAGCGGUGAGGUAAGUGAAGCUUCUGAAACACACACAGUGGAAGAUGGGCCUGGUAUUGAUGCUACCAUACCAGACUGUGAUGUAAAAAUUAAAGCAUCUGAAAUUGAUGGAAGAGCAAGUAAGUUCAAAAUUCCAAAAUUUGGAAUAUCACUCCCAAAACUAAAAGGUUCUGAAACAGAUACAACCCAAUCCCAAAGGGUUGAUGUAGAUGUCACAUUGUUUAAAGGUGACACUGAAAUAAAACUCAUUGAUGCUGAGCAUGAAGAACCUGGUAUCAGGCUGAAGGGAACAUUUCCCCAGAUUGGAGUUCAGCAAGAUGUUGAGUACUCAGCAUCAAAACCUGAAAUCACAGUGCCAUUUUCUGAUGCUAAAGCAGAAGUCAAGGUGUCGCAAGUCGAUGGAGAAAAAAUCAACUUUUCAUCUCCUGUUGUCCUUAAUGAGACACCAGAGGUGGAGAUCCCGACCAUGAAGGCUGACAAUCACCUUGAUGGACAAGAAGAAAAGAUGAAGCUGUCAAAGAUUGGAAUAAAGAUGCCCAAAAUUAAAGGACCAGAAUUUCAACUUGGACUCUCAAGUAAAGACACAGAUGUCAUGGAGGCAGAAGGCAAAGUGGACAAUAAAUCUAAGGCAGAAAUCCCAGUUCCUACAGCAGAUGUUAGUCUGGGAAAAGCAGAAAUCUUGAUACCUUCUGGAAAAGUGGAAAUUGGAAAACCAGAAGUGCAAACUCAACCUACAGUUGAAGGACAAGGAGGCAGGUUCAAAAUGCCAAAGUUUGGAAUCACAAUGCCAAAAGUCAAAGGACCUGAAGCAAAGAGGGAUGUAGAGGUGAAACUUACUGAGAACAAGACUGACAUAAAAAUACCUGAUGCUGAUUUUGAGGGACCAGAUGUGGAACAAUCACCAUCAAAAUUUAGUAUGCCAACUUUCAAAUUACCAAAAUUAGGACUGGGCACUUCAGACAAAAAUGUAGAAGGAGAUGACAUUGAUAAGGACAUUCCUGAUGAGGUUCUUGAAGUUACAAUUGUUGCACCUAGCUCUGACCUCUCAAAUAUUGAUGUUGACACUCAUCUUCUUGAAAGUAAAGUUGAAGUUGCACUUUCGAGUGAUGAUGUGAACAAAUACUCCAUUGAAGUGGAAGCUACAGCUCCACAAAUCAAAGUGUCAAAAAAAGAAAAAGAAGGGUCACCAUCCAAAUUUAAGAUGCCGACAUUCAAGUUACCAAAAUUUGGGCUUUCUGUUCAAAGGUCUACUGAAGAAGAGCCUCCUCUGGACAAAGAUCUCAAAACAGGAGAAGGUGAAAUUACGACUUCUGGAGAGAUUCUUUCACCAAGUCUAGAAGCACCAAGAAUUGAUGUUAAGGCUCCAGCAGUAGAUUUAAAAACUACAGGAACUGAGAGUGAAGGAAGAGGAAGAAAGUUUAAACUGCCAAGUCUUGGUUUUUCAUCAUCGCAAACAAAAGGUCCUGAUAGUGACAUUACCUUACCCACAACAGACGUUGACAAUACCUUACCCACAGCAGAUGUUGAUGAUACAGUACCACAAGUCAAAACAGAAAUCAAAAUACCUGAAGAAAAGCUUAAGUUCCAUGGCAGAAGUGCCUCCUUUGGACAAAGAUCUCAAAACAGAAGAAGGUGA